CUGUACUGGACUCAUGCUUUUAUACUGUCGGUCCGACUGCAAACCGUGGAUUAUUCUCUGGAUUUAUAAUCACAUUUACACUUUUUAUUAGGGUUGGCGCAAGGAGAAUCAUCGUACUGGAUCUCAUUUUGUCACGCAUCAAGGAGUGUAUUGUAAAAAAAUACAAAGAAAACUUGAAGGAAUUUCUUUCAAGUAAAGACCUAGUUUGCCUUCUUAAUGCAACUUGUUUGGAGGGGAACCGAGAACAUCACUCCGGAAUACUCUAAGAAAGUUAGUAAAGGAGACAUCAAUUUGUUUCUGGGAACGGCAGGUGGCUCGGUGUCUCUCGGCUCUGCCGGGGAGAUGUUCCAAGGGUUCCCCGGCGACCUCGAUUCUGGCUCCCGUGGUAGCUCUUCUCCGUCCAUUGAGUCGCAGUAUCUGUCCUCCGUGGACUCCUUUGGGAGCCCGCCAACCACCAGCGCUCCACAAGAGUGUGCGUCUGCUUCAGGUGGGGCGGGAGGGGUGGGGGGUAGUGUUGGGGAAGGAGGGGAGAUGCCGGGCUCCUUCGUGCCCACAGUGACGGCCAUCACGACCAGCCAGGACCUGCAGUGGAUGGUGCAGCCCACCCUGAGCUCCGCGGGGCAGAGCGCGCCUGGGACGUCUGCCAUGGCACAGCCCGCCCCCCUGGACACCUACGAGCUGCCCGGGCCGAGCUACUCCUCAGGCGCCGGGUACACCCCCCCCGCCCCGGGCGGCGACGCCCCCGGGCCUGUUCGCCAGUCCCGAACCCGCAGCCGCCGUGCCCGCGAUGAGAGCCUGACCCCAGAGGAGGAGGAGAAGAGACGCGUCCGGCGGGAAAGGAACAAGCUGGCCGCCGCCAAGUGCCGAAACAGGCGGCGUGAGCUGACGGACAGGCUGCAGUCGGAGACGGACAUCCUGGAGGAGGAAAAGGCUGAGCUGGAGGCGGAGAUCUCCGAGCUGCAGAAGGAGAAGGAGCGGCUGGAGUUUGUCCUGGUCGCCCAUCAGCCCGGCUGCAAGAUCCCGUACCACGAGGAGCAGGCGUCUGCGCAGCUGCAGCCGGCCGUGUCGGUGGUGGGCCUGACUGUGAAAGAGGACACUUUCUACCUGCCUCCCGCCUACACGCCCCACCCCUCAGCUCAGCCGCCCCCCCCGCCGCCGUCAGCACCCCCCCAGCCAGGGAUGAUGCAGGAGGUAGCCUUUUCUAGUUCUUUCUAUGCGCACAGCGAGCCGGCGCUGGGCGGGUCCUGUCUGGCGGCCAGCGCUUGCAGUCAUGACAUCGGCAGCUGCACCCCCUCAUACACCUCUUCAUUUGUGUUCACCUACCCAGAGGGAGCCUGUGGGGUCAACGCGCACCAGAGGAACAGCAGCAGUGAUCAGUCCUCUGACUCCCUGAACUCCCCCUCUCUGCUCGCGCUCUGAAAGCCACACGCUCCCUACUCGCGCGCACACACACACACACACACACGCAGGCACGCGCACACAGAGACACACACGCAGGCAUGCGCACACAGAGACACACACGCAGGCACGCGUACACAGAGACACACACAGGCAGGCGCACACACGCUCCCACUCGCGCACGCACACUGAGACACGCACACACAGAGACACACACCCGGGCACGAGCGCACAGAGACACACACAGGCAGGCGCACACACGCAGGCACACUUGCAUACAUGCACACGCAGACACACAAGCAAGCACACACACACAGAGACACACACACUGGCAGGCACACAUGCAGACACACACGCAGACAUACACACGCAGACACACAAGCGAGCACACACACGCAGGCACAUGCAGGCACACACAGGCAUUCACACACAGACACAGCAGGCCUACAGCACAUUUGCACACAGAGACACAGGAGGACACAGGUAGAGCAUGUAAAGUACAUGUGGCACGGUGGUGGAGGUAUUCAUGUACACAUAGACCACACAAUAGACCUGUGCAUUUUUCAUCCUUAAUGAAAUCAUAUAUUAUUAAAGACAGGAGAUCACUUUGAGAUAUAUGAGAAUUUAUUUUAAAACUUGAGCCUUGAAAUCUAUGUAAGAGAUUCUUCAAACACACACACACUCUCACUCACACACACACUCACACACACACACACUCUCACACAAACUCACACACACACACACACACACACAGUACAUAGACACAUUCUUGUAGGAACACGUAUCUUUACGCCUGCUAUUAUACGAGCACACUUUCCUGUAUUCCAAACUCCUUCUUCAACCACCCGUCUCUUGCUCCUUUCCUCUCUUCUGCUGGUUCUGGUUUUAAUGUGGCUUCUCACUCUUAUCUUGCUCCCUUUCUCCCCCAUGGUGACCACCUUCAGAAUAAAAUGUGUGCUUAAAGCAGGAGUAGGAUAAGUGACUUCUUUCGGCCCGACUUCAAACCCCACCCGACCCCACCUCUGCUUCCCCCCGCCCCCCCUAACCCCCCCCACCCCCCACCACUCCACCCGACCACAUCCGAUCCACGCUGUUGCUUCUUCUCCAUCUGCUGGGACCUCUCGGAUGCUGGGGUCACUCGUACCCGUCUCCCUCGCUCCCCCUUUCCGUCACUAUUGCUCGGGUCCACCUCUCCAUCUCUGUUUCUUCUCUCUCCUGUGUCUCUCCCUCUCUAUGAAGCCCCCAGCCAGCGAGAGCCCACUGGGCCUGACCAGCUCCUGGGACCUCGCCUGAACCAGCCACCCCUCCCCAGGCCACGCCCUGUCCCAGAGGAACUGCAGAGUAUUACACAAACCUCGAAAUUUCAAAAAAAAAAAAAAACAGAAAAACAGAA